AAUGAUAUAAAAACUAAACUUAAUAUUUUAUUUUUAAAAGGAGGGAAACCUAAAAUGUCAUCAUCAUCAUCAUCCGAUGAAAUCGAUGAGAGAUUGGACGAGGUUGUCGAUGAAAUCGUCGAGGAUGCAUAUAAUGACAUAGUGGAGGCCCAACCGAAUAUGCAAAACACACGGGGUUAUAUUGAACGAGACCGUGAAGGGGGACACACCCGUUUAGUUAAUGACUACUUCAGAGAGAAUGCGACAUACUCGGCACAAUUCAGACGACGUUUCCGCAUGAAUAAGGGUUUAUUCAUGCGUAUUGUCCUUGCCCUCCAGGAGAAGUUUGUAUUCUUUCAACAAAGACCCGAUGCAACCGGGAGGUUAGGUCAUUCUCCGCUACAAAAAUGUACGGCGGCUAUUCGACUGCUUGCUUAUGGUACUGGGGCUGACACGGUAGAUGAAUAUCUCCGACUAGCUGAGACCUCAGCACUUUUGUGUUUACAUAAUUUCACUGACGGAAUUAUACAGUUAUUCGGAGACGAGUAUCUACGAGCACCCACACCGGAUGAUCUUCAACGACUACUCGACAUUGGAGAGAAACGAGGGUUUCCUGGGAUGAUCGGGAGCAUCGACUGUAUGCAUUGGGAGUGGAAAAAUUGCCCGACCGCUUGGAAAGGACAGUACGCCCGUGGAUCAGGAAAACCGACAAUUGUCUUAGAGGCUGUCGCUUCCCAAGAUCUUUGGAUCUGGCACGCGUUUUUUGGACCUCCAGGUACCUUAAACGAUAUUAAUGUCCUCGAUCGAUCUCCUCUUUUUGAUGACAUUUUAGAAGGUCGAGCUCCGCGGGUAAAGUACAUGGUCAACGGACACAUGUAUAAGUUGGCGUACUACCUCACAGACGGUAUAUAUCCAAAAUGGUCAACCUUUAUCCAAUCCAUCUCACUCCCUCAAUCACCAAAACAAGAGUUAUUUGCUAAACAUCAAGAAGCAACCCGAAAAGAUGUGGAGCGGGCUUUUGGAGUAUUACAAGCGCGAUUUGCGAUUGUGAGAAACCCGGCUCUUACGUUGGACAAAGCAAAGAUAGGGAAGAUUAUGAGAGCGUGUAUCAUACUACACAACAUGAUAGUCGAAGAUGAACGGGAUGGAUACAUUCGUUAUGAUAUAUCUGAAUUUGAAGAAGGUGACGUCAUGAGAAGUUCACAGGUGGAAACCGAGAUUCCUACAAUUCUCAAUAAUAUUUUUCCCAGUCGGAAUGAUGUUCGAGAUAGGAGAAUACAUGACCAUCUGAAAAAUGAUUUAGUCGAGCAUAUUUGGAACAAAUUUGGUGACGAGGAUUAAAAAUCAUUCUAUCUUUAUGUUUAAUUUGUGUUUCUUUAAAAAAUUCCUUGGUUAUGUUUAAUUAUAGUAUCUUAAUGUUUAAUUAAUGUAUCUUUAUGUUUAAUUUGUGUUUCUUGAUUUCUUUAUUUUUAUUGUUUUCAUUUUUAAUUGUUAUAUUUAUAUGUUUAAUUAUUA